UGUCAACUUUUAAAAUGAGACUCUGGGCGUAUGUUUGAAAGGCUGUAUGGAUGUACGAUGCAUUCGAUCAACUGGCAACCAUGUUUUGUCUUUCAUUUAUCCAUAUUCGCACUUAGAUUGUUACUCCGGAGAUCAAUUUUUGAGUCCAUUGUCGUCUCAUACUUAUUGUACGUAUCUCUUGGAGGUUGGCGCUAUCAACGCAUCUUUAUUUUAACUUUUCUCAGAGACCUCACUACGAAUUUUCGAAAUAUAUUCAUGGUGGUGAGACCACAAUUUAUGGACGAACUAAUUGAAUCUAAGAUAACAGGUUUCAAAUUUUAGCGCGAAAUUCAUACACUCAUUUGGCUAAAUACUAUUUCGGCAUAAUUGCUGAUGUCAAUUCGUGAUGAAAACCCCUAAUCUAAUUCCUAAUCCAAACCUUCUACUCGUAAAUCAUUGUUCUAAUUACUCAUACUGCUCUCUAACCCGCACGCGUUUCUGAAACGAGUGAUUUGGGGACUACGAUGCAUACUCAUGGUUCAGUUAAAUGUUCUCUGGCUCCAAUGGACGAAACGAACUUUUUCCGACAUGUUUGAAUAUACUGUAAAAAAACGGGGACCAGAAAAUGUUGCUAUUUAUUUUGAGGACCAAGUAUGGACCUUUGGGCAGCUGGAUGCGUAUUCAAAUAAAGUAGCCAAUUAUCUGGGGAAAUGUGGUUUUAAACGAGGUGAUAUAUUACUGCUGUUUAUGAAUUCCUGCCCGGCAUAUAUUGGAAUAUGGCUAGGAGCAACUAAGGUCGGUGUUGCGACUGGUCUGGUAAAUACUAAUCUUUGUAAAGGAUCACUUAUGAAUUGUAUUAAAACGCUGAGUGCACGUGGAAUAGUUGUGGGUUCCUCUUUGAAAGAAACUUUUGAAACGGUCAAUGAGUAUAGUGAUUUAUCAUUAGAGAUGAUAUGGUUAGUUGAUGAGAAAAGAAGUUUACCAGAAACUGCUUAUUCUAAUUCAACUUCUUCAACGUGUAGCUGGAACAUAGCACUUGCACAAGUUCCACACUGUGCUCCAAUUCCACUUCCACGAAUUGCUAAUCUCCGUGAACAUUUGAUCUACGUCUAUACCAGUGGUACGACUGGUUUGCCUAAGGCUGCUAUUAUAACGAAAUUACGCUAUACUCUAUUGGUUGUUGGUGCUAAAUACUCAUUUGGUAUUCGGCAAUCCGAUAUUAUAUAUGAUCCUCUACCGUUAUAUCAUUCAGCUGGUGGAAUAUGUGGAGUCGGACAAAUGUUAUUAUAUGGUAAUACAAUUGUAAUAAGAUCGAAAUUCUCUGCAUCACAGUUUUGGUCAGAUUGCGUAAAAUAUAAAUGCACAGUUGCUCAAUACAUUGGAGAGAUAUGUCGUUAUCUUUUAUGUCAACCUGUAAGACCAACAGAUAAACAACAUCAUGUACGAAUUGCAUUCGGUAAUGGUCUACGACCACAAAUAUGGAAAGCAUUUCAAGAACGUUUCAAUGUAAAACAGAUUGGGGAAUUUUAUGGUGCUACAGAGUCAAAUACUAAUAUUGCUAACAUGGAUAAUAAAUUUGGUGCAGUUGGUUAUGUUUCAAAAAUCAUUGAUGGUUUUUAUCCAUGCUAUAUCAUUAAAAUUGAUGUAGACACUAAAGAACCUAUUAGAGAUCCCAUAACUGGAUUAUGCAUACUGUGUGAACCAAAUGAACCUGGUCAUUUGGUAGCACGUAUUGGUUCAAAUGAUCCUUUUCGAAUGUUUGAUGGUUAUGUUAAUUCGGAAGCUUCCGAAAAGAAAAUUAUUCGAAAUGUUUUACGUAAGGGUGAUUUAUGGUUUGCUUCUGGGGAUUUAAUGUGCUGUGAUGAAUUGGGUUAUAUGUACUUUAUCGAUCGGUUAGGUGAUACAUUUAGAUGGCAUGGGGAAAAUGUAUCCACUUCAGAAGUUGAACGUGUUUUAGAUCAAGCUAUUGGAACAUUAACUGGGACUGUAUUCGGUGUUUCUGUUCCUGGGACAGAGGGGAAAGCUGGAAUGGCUGCUAUUGCAUUAGAAGGAUCAAAACUUACUUCUAUAGAGGAAGAAAAUUUGCUUUGUCGAAUAAAUGAAGAGUUUACAGGGAACUUGCCUUCUUAUGCACGUCCUCUAUUCAUACGGUUGUGUCAAAAUCUGACGAUGACUGGUACAUUUAAAAUUAGCAAAGCAGAAAUCAGUCGUCUUGGUUUCGAUCCAAACAUUGAUCCAAAUGAUCAUGUAUACUUUUUAAAUCCGAAAACAAAAGUUUAUCAACUAGUAGAUCAACAAUUAUUUAAUGAUAUUAAUAAUGGUGUAUUUAUUUUAUAAACUAUUCUAUUUGUAUUAAUCAUACUUAUUAUAUGUAUAUAUAUAUA